AUGGCGGACUCCGACUGUUUUGAAUCUGUUGAAGAAAGCUCUUCAGUAGGCAGAGGUUAUGAGUCUGACUUCUCCACAAGAGAAAAGGCUAAUAUAUUAGCUGAAGCAUUUGCCAAUGUAAGCAGUUCAAGUAACUAUUCAGAAGCAUUUAUAUCACAUAAAGAACAUAUUGAGUCUCUAGAAGCUGAAAAGUUGAAAGAAUAUUUUUCUGAAAACUCCCAAAGUUAUAAUGAACCAUUUACCCUUAAUGAAUUACAGGAUGCUAUUGCUGAUACAUCAGAUACAUCUCCUGGUAAAGAUAAGCUUUGUACUAAUACAACACCUGGAUUACGAUCGACAGCUCAGGCAGGGACAAAGACCUGUUCUAGAUGUUGUUCUGGUGACUUGUGUAAUGCAGAAGGCUGUGGAGAACAAGGUUUCCCCAAGUAUAGAGGUCCUAUUUGUUAUAACUGUCAACAGUCACGGAACCCUGACAAGUGCGACUCAAUUACUGUAUGUGGGAGAGAUGAUGCAUGUCAUAUUGAACAACAAGAAGAGUUUGGUGAUAUAUUUUACGCAACCAAAUGUAUUUCAAAGCACCUGUGUUCUAUAAAUGGUGGCAGCAUAUUUGGUAAACGCAGUGGAAGUAAACGUAAUGGCCACAGAAACAGUAUCUCGUACACAACAAGUAAACAUUAUAACAGUACACGACCAUGGUACUAUGAAACCACUGAACCCCACCAUCACUGGACCACUUUGCCUAGGUACAAUACUACUCAUUAUACAACAAAGGACUGGAGAAACUACAGCACCACGACACAAUCAGAAUUUGUUGCUGCGAGUGGUCACUAUGGGAAUUUGUUUGCCAUUUUCUUCAUGCCAAAUCAUCAGCGUACGAAUACCAACAUAAGCCUUGAGCUCCUUAUAACGUCACCGUACACUAACUAUAAUGUUAAAAUUAGCUCACAGCACAAUGGACUUCAACUUACAGGACAGGCAAAUGGCCAUGUCAUUCGAACACAUGUACCAAACACACUCCAAAGCCUAGGUAAGCUGUCUGACAACGCAUAUAAUAUUUACGACACAGGAAUUAGCAUAUCUUCGAAUAAACCUAUCUUUGUCGCUGCAAUGAAUGAAUAUUCCUGUUGCUCCGGAGAGGCUUUUAGCGCUAUUCCUGUUAAGGACAUUAGAAGAAACUACAUUAUUGCGACAUAUCCGGAGGGCACCAAAUCGGUGGGUGUUGUAGCGAUAGAGGACAACACUUCCGUUAGGGCAAAGUUACAACCUGGAAACAGCACUAUGGACGUUCAUAUAAAGUAUGCUUUUGAAGGAGUAUUAUUUACAUCAGAUGAUGUCGACAUAUCGACUGGAGGAACAAUUGAGAGUGAUAAACCAAUCGCAGUACUUUCUGGAAAUAUGGAUUCUCUCAUUCAUCGUGGUGACAGAAAUUUCCAAACAGAAAUGCUUAUACCGACAGAUCAAUUUGCUCAGAGGUAUAUUGUUCCCAAAAUAGCCAAUGCCAAACAUAUCAUUCUUCGAAUAGUUGCAAGAGAUCCGUUUUCUACUGUUUAUAUCACGGGGAAGAAUGGGUUUUAUAAAAACACUUAUAAGCAAUAUGUAAAUGAGCUAGAACUAUCGAAUGAUGGAUACUUUAUCAACGCCCAGAGACCAGUCAUGGUUACUUUGUACACAAUAUAUGAAAGCUCAACUGUGAACCCGUUCAUGACUUUACUUCCCGCCGUCGACCAUUUUUCUAGCAACUACGUCAUAACCACGCCAACCAAUACCAACUAUACCAAUUACGUCACUGUGAUCAUAAGUUCAAAAGAUAAUGAAGAUGGCCUCCGUCUUAAUGGCGGUAAUUUAUUAUUCCAUGCGGUUGAUGUAACACCAGUUGAGAUGUUCCGAACUGUUUAUAAGAGUAUUUCAGUCAGCUUAAAUGCCAAGGAUACUUCAUUCACAAUUUCACACAUUGACAAAAAUGUCAAGUUUGGUCUUCUGGUAUAUGGCUAUAAAUACCGUUCGGCUUACGGAUAUCCAGGUGGAUUUUCUUUAACUAAAUAAACAUGUUAAACACA